AUUAUGCUGCAUAAACCUUGCUGCACAACCAAGAGCUGCACAAUUUGCAGACAGAAGACUCUUUCAAGCAAGCAAAAAAGCAAACAAAAAAGCAAACAAGAUGAAAGUUCUCCUUUUACUCGCUGCAGUGGUUGCUAUAGGACAGGCCCAUCUCUGCUUAGUCUUCCCAAAACAAAGAGGCAACAUCACUGGCUUGAACAUGGCAGGAGCGGAUAAUUGCCUACUUGUAAAGGAUGCACCAUGUGGUGGCCGUCCAGCAGAGAUGCCAGAGGUUACAUUUGAGUCUGGAAUGAAUGCCACCAUCAUCUUCCAGAAGAACCUUGACCACUGGGUCAUGGCAACACCAGGAAUGUUUGAAAUCAACCUUUGGGGCAUGAAAGGCAAAAUGAACCUCAUGACAGUCCCUGAUAUGGGCCCUAACAUGGGCCAACCCUCUGGUACUCUUUACACAGUCUCUGUGCCAAUGCCAAAAAUGGAAAUGGAAAAGGCUAUACUGCAGGUGGUCUACAUUACUAAGAAUCCUAUGGCUCCAGCUAUGUUCUACCAGUGUGCUGAUGUGAACGUUAUGAUGAAGCGUUGAACACUUUCUAGACGAGAGUAUAGUUGAACCUGAUACUGAAUUAGUUAGUACUGAGUUUUAUAUCCAAAAUGUUCUAAUACAGUGCUCUUUGAA